AGCAGUGGACGUGAUGGCGGAAGUGUUGUAUUGGAUAUCAACGUUUGUUCUUAUUUUGACCCUUCUUGUUCUCCUUGGUUACCAGCUUAUAUUGUUGGUGGACUUGGAAUUUGAUUAUAUCAAUCCAUAUGAUUCAACAUCUCGAGUAAACUAUGUUAUCUUGCCAGAGUUUUUGAUAAUGGCAAUCUUCUGCUUUCUCAAUCUAAUAGCAGGACAUUGGUUUAUAUUCUUGAUAGCUCUCCCUUGCCUGUAUUACAAUGUGAGCAUGUACAUCAAAAGACAGCACUACACCGAUGUAACUGAAAUCUAUAGUAAGCUGAAUUUCGAGAAAAAGAAACGCUUGUUCAAAGUUGCACAUCUUAUUGUGCUAUUUUUCUUUUCCAUAUUGAGCUUGGUUUGGUCCCUUACCGACGACGAAGUGUAUUAA